AUGGCAGCUGUACCCAAAGAAGGAACCAAGGAUUAUGCAGAUGUAGAAGCCACUCUUGCAAGACUACAAACUCAUAAGGGUGUUCAAGGAAUCGUAAUUGCGACACAUGAAGGAGCAGUGAUUCGAUCUACUUUGGACAAUAUACAGACACAGCAGUACUCGACCCUGGUGUCUCAGUUGGCUGCAAAGGCGAAAGGGUCUGUAAGGGAUUUAGAUCCAGAGGAUGACCUGACCUUCUUGCGUAUACGGUCGAAAAAGCAUGAGAUCAUGGUCGCAGAGAGUAAGAAGGAGAUGCUGUAG